GUACGACAACAUGGCCGAGCUCUUUGCGGUGGUGAAGACGUUGCAGGCUCUGGAGAAAGCCUACAUCAAGGACUGCGUCUCUCCUAACGAGUACACGGCCGCCUGCUCCCGCCUCUUGGUCCAGUUCAAAGCCGCCCUCAAACAAGUACAGGGUUCCGACAUCAGCUCCAUCGACGACUUCUGCCGCAAAUUCCGGCUUGACUGCCCCUUGGCCAUGGAGAGGAUCAAGGAGGACCGGCCCAUCACCAUCAAGGACGACAAGGGCAACCUCAACCGUUGCAUCGCCGAUAUCGUCUCCCUCUUCAUCACGGUGAUGGACAAGCUGCGCCUGGAGAUCCGCGCCAUGGACGAGAUCCAGCCGGAUCUACGGGAGCUGAUGGAGACGAUGAACCGCAUGAGCCACCUACCCCCCGACUUCGAGGGCAGGCAGAAAGUCAACCAGUGGCUCCAGACGCUGAGCGGGAUGUCGGCGUCGGAUGAGCUGGACGAUUCCCAAGUACGGCAGAUGUUGUUCGAUCUGGAAUCCGCCUACAACGCCUUCAACCGCUUCCUCCACUCUUGA